AUGGACACCGACAAAAUCGAGGCUCGACUCGCUCCACUGCGGCGCGGGAUUGCCCAACACACGCGCUUAGCGACUGCCCAGGCCGACCCUGCUACUGCGCGUGCGCCCCCGGUCAUGGAUGCGCGCGUGCGCAGUCCAGACGGACGUGAAACUGAUACUCCGCCAUGGUUGAAACCCAGCCCGCUGUUUCAGGCCAGUGGAGCUGGAGCGCCGCGUGGCUCCCUCAGGGUGUGGAUAACCCCAAGUUGGCCAGCUUGUUUUGAUCCACCUCUUGAAGUGGUUCCCACCAGGAACCCAAUCACGUGCAACAAAAGAGCAGCUGACCCAGUCCAUCCUGACCUUGCUGGUUUGUUGGUGAAAUACAAGAACCUUUUAGCUGAGCUAAGAAGUCUUCGAAACAAACUUUUCAUAAAAGAAACUUCAUUGCAAGAGAUGAAGAAUGAGCUAGAAAGUUACAAAGAAAAGAAUGUGCAACAGUCAUUCCACAUAAUGUCCCUGAAAGAUGAUAUCAAGGACCUAGAAGAACUUGUUGCUUCUCUCACCAGAACUAAAUCUUUGAAAAACAUGAAUAUUCAGAGUCUUGAAAGAGGCAACUGGGAUCUAACUAGAAGAAUUAUAGAACUAGAAAACCUUCUAAGAGUACAUUUGAUUGAAAGAAAAAAAGCAGAGCGAAAAGUAGACCUUUUGGAGAAAAAGUUAGCAGGUGUUAACAGAUUCACCCCUUAUAUGAGUAUGAAAGAACAAGAAGACAGUUUCAUGAUGAAGGACAAAGAUGAAGCUAUCCUGGUCAAGAACUUUGAGAGAGACAACACUUUUCACUCUGAAGGACCAAAAGAUGGACAGAAAAUUUGGGAUAAAUGUCAACAAGAUUUGAUCCAUAAGGAAAAACAAUUACCUGAGUUAGACAGACUUCCGUAUUCAUUCAGAUGGGAAACUAAAACUGUGCCAUCCCUCUAUUGGAAAUUCCUCAGUCAGUUGUCUACUCUUCCCAGCAACAGUGUUGAACCCAUACCAGCCACAGAGGAAGGUGUGAAAGGGAGCAUUCAGGAGAUUGGUGCAAAUGAGCAAUCUUGGAAGUCCAGAGCUGAAGGCCACCAGCAGGAAGUUCAGAUGCUCACUAAGCAAUUGGAGAAGCAGUAUCAUCACUGUGAAGAAACUGCUGGAGAAUCAUCUGACACUGAGGAAAAGUAUAAGGAACAAAAAAGACCCUUGAAAAGUCUGAAAGGAAAAGUUGCUAUUAAUGAUCUUUUUCCAGGGAGAUUAGACUUGGACAUGAACAAAGAAAACUCCCAGACUAAGAUUUCCCAGAUGGAGAAUGGCAAAACAUUCAAGCAGCUAGAGAAAGACAACAAGCAAGAAACAUUACUGAAAAUUCAGCAGAAUUUGAAGGUUGUUACAACUCAAAGAUUAGAGGAGAAAAUUCAUAAACUUCAGAAACAGCUCAGUGACUUUAAAUUGUCAAAUAAAACUAUGAAAACUCAACUGACAAGAGUAAAUGUCCUUAAAGACAAAACAAUUGAGAAGCUCAGGCAAUCUUUAAAAAAAGUUGAAGCAAUGAAAGGGAAGGCAGUUAUGGAAACAGACUUGGAAACUACAGUAGACUCUGCUGAGCAAGAUGCAAGGUGGGACAAAGAGAGGGCCCAUCAAAUGUUAGAAACUGUCACUCCUGAGCUCUGCACAGCAAAGAGCACACUUGAAGAAGUACCGGGACAACAAGAAGAGCUUGUUGACUUUUGAGAAACUAUUAAGAAGAUGUUGGGAUUUAACAUGAAAACAGCAGAUAAGAAAAUCAUCAAUCACCUAAGGCUUAUUAUACAAGUAUAUAAAGCCUCUGACAAAUCAAAGAUUGCUUCUGCAUGUGAGACUGGAUAGGAUAAUGAAUAAAGAAUUUCUGCCAACCAGAACUCAGCAGACAUGGACAUUUCCUCCAGCAUCUUGAAU